AUGUCGGCGGGCAAGCGCUAUCGCGCGGAGCCCUCGCGGAAGACGGUGCUGCUGGAGGUGGGCGAGUCGCUCCGCCAGGCCAGCCGCACGGGGGAAGCUGGCAGUGGGGGAAUCGGCCGCGGAGGGGCUCCCGCGGGCCGCUCUCUCGGCCGUGCGGGUGGCGGCGAGCGGAAUGCGACUCUGAGCUCGCCGCCAGCAGUGGAGGCCUCCGCGGAUGGGGCAGGCCCCACGGGCGAAGCACGUGAGCUGGAGCGCGGGGAAUGGCCGCGGCAGGCGGCGCUGAACGCGGAGACGCGCGCUAGGAGCGGGCCGGCGGCGGGCGUGGGGGGAAGGGGGAGCGGAAGAGGGGUAGGCGGCAGGAAGGGGGCGAGAGAGGACGCGCGGAGAGCGGGGUUAGCGGGCGCGCGGGGCGGUUCCGGGAUGGGAGGGGCCAGCGCGGCAGCAAGGGGGUGGGCGGGCGACGCGUCGCUGGAGCGGCUGCAGCGCGAGGCGACGAGCUACAGGCUGUGGGGCGCAGGAGGGACAGCUGGCGCCACGUCAGCAGCAGCAGGGGCGGCGGACGCCGACGCAGCACAGCCCGCCACGCCUCCACCAAAACUACCAGAGCGGUUUGGAUCGGUGGAGGAGUAUGUGGGGGCGUUUGAGCCGCUGCUGUUUGAGGAGGCGCGUGCCCAGGUGGCCAGCAGCUGGGAGGAGGUGGAGGGCGGCGAGGGGGGCGGCGGAAGCGCAGGGGGGAGCAGCGCGGGCGUGGCAGUGCGCGUGGCGUCGCUGGAGGCCACCCACCGAGGUGAGGCCACCCAGCGAGGUUGGCACGAGAUGCUGCUACAGCCACUCGCAGAGCAGCAGCAGCAGGGGGGGCGGAGGGCGGGGUGGAAGGAGGGCGAGUGGAAGGACGGCGAUGUGGCUGUGCUGUCCACUGCACGGCCAGCGGCGAGCGAUGAAGACCAAGCACACCCACCCCAGCAGCUGCGCAUAGCUGGCAUGGGGCGGCGCUGCUACGAGCCCAUGCAGGACGACCGCGGUGCCGCCCGGGCCACCAUCAUUUUCACCUUCCACGAGUCCGCCCUGCCGCCCGACGAGCCUGUGUCUCUCCUGAAGGAGGUCAAGAGCAGGAACCUUCCGUGCACUUUCACGCCAGUGACAUCGCUGACGACAGCGCAGAGGGAGUUCUCCUCCCUGCACUCCGUGGCGCACCUGCAGCCGCAG